AUUCAACUUUGGCAGGUUACCAAUUUGCUCCGGAGCAAGAAAUUGGAAAAUUCCAGGAGCCAAGAAAUAUAUCUGGCUAACCCUGAAGUAUCCAUCCCAAGUCCUUUUAAGGCCUGGCCUGGAAGUAGCUUAAUUAAUUUGAUACCUGUAAUGGAAAGAAAGAGACGACAGAGAAUGAUGAUUGCUCUAAUGGAGCUUGGCUUCAUUACAAUAUUAUGGCCAACACAAAUUCUAGCAGUGGAGCCUUGUCUGUCAAUCUGUGGUGAUGUCAUCGUCCAAUUUCCAUUUGGAAUUGGGAAAGGUUGUUACAUGGAUGAGAGUUUCGAGGUAACUUGCAACUACUCUUUUACAUCUCCAAAGCCUUUCUUAACUAGCAUCAACAUGGAGUUGCUGGACAUAUCAACAACAGGGCAAGUUCAAGUCAGCAAUCCAGUAAUUUAUUCCGAUUGCAGCAACAAAGCCUCCAAUACGACAACAGUUUCCCUUUUGGGCACCCCUUUCGUAUUCUCAAAUUCUUCUAGCAGGUUCACAGCCCUGGGUUGUGACAAUUAUGCUCGAUUUAUGGAGGAUGGUGGCAACAUAGUUGGAGGAUGUCUGUCUAUUUGUCCUAGUGGAGCUAAUGCAAGUGGCUGCUACGGCAUCAACUGCUGCCAGGCCACUAUACCUCCUUACGUCCAGUUCUUUGAAGCAAACAUGACAAGCCCUUUUAACAGCAUGGCCGGUCGCAGCAGCUGCAAGUCCGCUUUCAUGGUUGAUCAAAACUGGUUUGCGCCUAAAUCUUCAAGCAGCCAUGAUGAUCUGAACCUCGAGGAUCAUGUCCCUGCGGUGCUUGAUUGGGCAGCUGAUCAAGGAUAUUGUGAUAUAAGUCGCGAGCCAAACAUUAAUUGUACCUCUAGCUACUGCUGGAAAAAACUUCACGAAAAUCAAGUUUGUAUUUGCAGAGGAUGUGAAGAUAUGGUCAGCUGCACUGAUCCAAGAAACUAUAGAUGUAGCUUGUACUGCAUGUAUACGCCGGGAGGCUACAAUUGCAGCUGCCCUUUUGGGUAUGAGCGUCUUAGCAGUAGCAACAGAUGUUACCCAUAUGGUUGGGCAUACAAAAAAUCUCGGAUCAAGAUCAUCAUCAUAGGCUGUGUAUCAGGUCUUGGAUUACUGUUCUUUGUAGCUGGAUUAUGGUUGUUGUACAAGUUAUUGAAGAGAAGAAAGGCCAUGAAGCUCAAGCAAAAAUUCUUCAAAAGAAAUGGUGGAUUGUUAUUACAACAACAACUGUCUUCCACAGAAAAUAACGUUGAGCAAACAAAAGUUUUUACUUCCAAGGAACUGGAGAAAGCAACUGAUCACUAUCAUGUGAAUCGAAUCCUCGGCCAAGGAGGUCAAGGAACAGUAUACAAAGGAAUGUUGACAGAUGGGAGAGUUGUUGCUAUUAAGAAAGCCAAAGUAGUAGAUGAAGACAAGCUUGAGCAAUUUAUCAACGAAGUGUUGAUUUUAUCACAAAUCAACCAUCGAAACGUGGUCAAGCUACUCGGAUGUUGCUUGGAGACAGAAGUUCCUCUACUUGUUUAUGAGUUCAUCCCUAAUGGAACACUCUUCCAAUAUAUACAUAAUCAAAAUGAAGAGCUUCCACUUACAUGGGAAAUGCGUUUGCGCAUUGCCACAGAAGUUGCAGGAGCUCUAUCCUAUUUGCAUUCAGCAGCUUCCAUGCCGAUCUAUCAUAGAGAUAUCAAGUCAUCAAAUAUUCUUUUAGAUGAAAAGUUUAGAGCAAAAGUUGCAGACUUUGGCACCUCAAAAUCAAUUUCAAUUGAACAAACACAUGUGACAACUCGAGUACAAGGAACUUUUGGAUACUUAGAUCCAGAGUACUUCCAAUCAAGCCAGUUUACAGAUAAGAGUGAUGUUUACAGCUUUGGCGUAGUUCUUGUCGAGCUCUUGACUGGACGAAAGCCCAUUUCUUCAUCAUUAUCAGCUGAACAGAGAAGUUUAGCUACGUAUUUUAUAUUUUUAAUGGAGGAGAAUCGUUUGUUUGAAAUAAUUGAUGAUCGAGUUAUGAAGGAAGGUGGGAAAGAAGAGAUUAUUGCAAUUGCUAAACUUGCUAGGAAAUGCUUGAACUUGAAUGGAAAGAAGAGACCCACGAUGAAGACAGUGGCAAUGGAGUUAGAAGGGAUUAAAGCAUCUCAUGGAGCUUCCUCCGCCAUUGAACAAGACUAUGAAGAGGUUGAUUAUAUUGUAGGCGACUACGCUGCUGCAUGGGAUGUUGCUUCUUCUUCAACUGGAUCCCUUAGCAUUAGUAUACCAACCCGUUCAGACUUGCAGCCUCUAAUUUCUGGUGCCAGUAACCCUGGCCCCAUGAAACAGUAGCUAUAUGCGAAAUACUUGCAUGGAUCCGUCCAAUAUAAAUUAAGAACCAAAUAAAUAAGUAUUUUCAU